UUCUCUCCUCCUCUCGCUCCCUCCGUUCCUCUAUGCUCAGUUCGGUCUGUGUCUCCUCUUUCAAAGGGUGCAAGAGUGGGAAGAAAUCGUCCAACAAAGCAUGUUACACUGCAGACAUGACUUGUCCGUCGGAAAGCGAGAAAAUCGUGAUAAACUGCGGGGGGGUGCGACAUGAAACCUAUCGAAGCACACUAAAAACGUUGCCCGGUACCCGCUUAUCUUGGCUUACCGAGCCAGACGCCUUUAGCAACUUCGAUUACGACCACAGAAACGACGAGUUCUUCUUCGAUCGCCACCCAUCCGUCUUUUCAUUCAUCCUCAACUAUUACCGCACAGGGAAGUUGCACUGUCCGAACGAUGUGUGCGGUCCGCUGUUCGAAGAGGAGCUGGCAUUCUGGGGCAUCGAUGAGACGGACGUGGAGGCGUGUUGCUGGAUGAAUUAUCGCCAGCACAGGGACGCAGAGGAGGCGUUGGACAGCUUUGAGAAUCCCGAACCGGAGUUGGCAGAGGACGACCCAGCGCUGCCAGGACAUGAAGGGGACAUGAAAAGAAUGUGCUUGCAUGAGGACGGAAGGAAAAAGACUUGGUGGGAAAUCUGGCGGCCCAGAAUGUGGGCCCUUUUUGAAGACCCUUAUUCCUCAAAAUAUGCCCGGUACUGCGCAUUCCUCUCCCUUUUGUUCAUCCUCAUCUCCAUCUCUACAUUCUGCAUGGAGACGCAUGAGGCCUUCAACACCAUCUACAACAGGACGGAGAACGUGACGGAGGGAAACGUGACGCGCGAGGUGAUCGUCUACGAGGUGGUGACCGACAGCUGGCUUACCUACGUGGAGGGCAUGUGCGUCGUCUGGUUCACCAUUGAGGUGAUGGCACGCGUGGUCUUCUGCCCGGACAAGGUCGAGUUCUUCAGGAGCACCCUCAACAUCAUCGACUUCAUUGCCAUCAUGCCCUUCUACCUGGAGGUGGGGCUGAGCGGCCUGUCCUCCAAAGCCGCCAAGGACGUGUUGGGCUUCCUGCGUGUGGUCCGCUUCGUCCGCAUCCUGCGUAUCUUCAAGCUGACCCGCCACUUCGUGGGGCUUCGCGUCCUGGGCCACACGCUCCGCGCUAGCACCAACGAGUUCCUCCUGCUCAUCAUCUUCCUUGCUCUCGGAGUGCUCAUCUUCGCCACCAUGAUCUACUAUGCCGAGCGCAUCGGUGCAGACCCUGACGACCCUACGGCUGCCAAACACACAAACUUCAAGAACAUCCCCAUUGGCUUCUGGUGGGCCGUGGUCACCAUGACCACUCUGGGCUACGGGGACAUGUACCCCGAGACGUGGUCAGGGAUGCUGGUGGGCGCGCUCUGCGCCCUGUCGGGGGUGUUGACCAUCGCCAUGCCUGUGCCCGUCAUCGUCAACAACUUCGGCAUGUACUACUCACUGGCCAUGGCUAAGCAGAAGCUGCCCAAGAAAAAGGGCAAGCACAUCCCCCGGCCAACCAUGCCGGGCUCGCCCAACUACUGCAAGCCCGACGCCCUCGCCCUGGCCACUGCCUCACCCCAUAGGAUCCUGGGUAAUGUACUCGGCGAGGUGAUCUGGUCCGGAGGCCUCGACUGCCCCCUCGCUCAAGAGGAGAUCAUAGCAAUCAACCGAGAGUCCAAGCAGAACGGCGACGCGGCCACUGCGGUCCUGGCGAACGAGGACCGCCCCACCAUUGACCAGGUGCUGAGUCCGGAGCGAGAGGGCGCCCGAAUAACACGGGAACGCCACCAGCAGGACCGUGCUUGCUUCCUGCUCAACACCAGGGAAUUCCGCGCCACAGAUGGGAAUGUGCGGAAAGAAAUGUUUGGCGAUCGACUAGAAAUGCAUGGAUUACGACAAAUCGACCGCGAUCGACUGGUUGGUGACCGCUGUGUUAAGUUUCUAGCAUUAGCCUUUUCUCUGAAGAAGACAUACUGAGUCAAUCAGAAAUGAUCGGAGGGAGCCACUUUACCAAGACGUGUGACACAGAUGGACAGUUGAAAGGCGGAUCUUUGGUGUGACGUGCAAUACCGGAGGGUAGUCAAGAUGAACAUUAGGUUGGAUCUUUAUGCUGUUACCAAAGCAGCCUCUUGGCAACUCACACCACCCUUUUGAAGACUGUCCGACAGAUCACAAUAACUGACAUGAGCUUUGCAGAGAAAAGAGCUCCUACUGCAACAUUCCAGGAGACGUUAUAUUGUGACGCUCAACCAUCUCAUACAGUAACAAAUAACCGACUGCAGUGCUGAUCUACUGAGUAACUUAGAGAAUCCAUGAAUUAUCACUCACCUAUACACGAGGGACCAGGUCUGACUAUGUAGCAUCUCUGCUAACACUGUAGCAUUUGUUGCCAGGGAAAAAUAUCGUCAUGACCUUAUCCAUCAACAGUUUGAACAGAGUGAUGUGAAAAUGCGCACUGAAUCAAAACUUUACAUGCCUUUUUCCUCUUGUGUUACUUACCUUUACAAGAAACUAUUGUACAUGAGAGACAAAGACAGGUUCCACCUCAAAAGUUUAUUUGGGAAACGUGUAACAACAACUAAACCAGUUAAAGGUUAAAUUAACAGAGAACUGAAUUUAGACAUGUUAUGUCUGUUCUCCCACCUCAUGAGUUCAUGACUUGUGGAAGUUAGAGAUUGGUUAUCAUUCAAGCCUUUACGUAUUCUAUUAAUUUCCUUUCAAUUUGGAACAAUGAUCCCAGGACACCAAUAUAUGUACUUAUUACACUAUGAUACAGUACAUACUGUAUGUCGAUGACCAUACCAAAUGGAUGUAGCAUCAACCGAGAACCUAUUAGUACUACAUACACUUUAUAUACAAAAGUAUGUGGACACCCCUUCCAAUUAGUGGAUUCGGCUAUUUCAGCCACACCUGUUGCUGACAGGUGUAUAAAAUAAAGCACACAGCCAUGCAAUCUCCAUAUACUUUGGCAGUAGAAUGGCCUUAUUGAAAAACUGUGCCUUUCAACGUGGCACCUAAUAGGAUGUGACCUUUCCAACAAGUCAGUUUGUCAAAUUUCUGCCCUGCUAGAGCUGCACCGGUCCACUGUAAGUGCUGUUAUUGUAAAGUGGAAACGUCUAGGAGCAACAACGGCUUGGUGGUAGGCCCCACAAGCUCACAGAACGGGACCGCCGAGUGCUGAAGCUCAUAGCACGUGAAAGUCAUCUGCAAACACUCAGUACCAAGUUCCAAAGUGCAUCUGGGAAAGGGGAGACCUAGUCAGUUGUACAACUGAAUGCAUUCAACUGAAAUGUCUUCCACAUUUAACCCAACCACUCUGAAUCAGAGAGAUGUGGGGGGCUGCCAUAAUCGACAUCCACGUCUUCAGCACUCGGGGAAUAGUGGUUUAACUGCCUUGCUCAGGGGUAGAACAACAGAUUUUUAUCUUGUCAGCUCGGGGAUUCAAUCCAGCAACCUUUCAGGUUACUGGCCCAACGCUCUAACCACUAGGCUACCUGCCGCCCAUCUGGAAGCAAUGUCUGCACAAGAACUGUUCAUCGAGAGCUUCAUGAAUUGGGUUUCCUUGGCCGAGUGGCCGCACACAAGACAAAGAUCACCAUGCGCAGCUGGAGUGGUGUAAAGCUUGCCGCCAUUGGACUCUGGAGCAGUGGAAACACAUUUUCUGGAGUGAAGAAUCAUGCUUCACCCUCUGGCAGUCCGACAGACUGGGUUUGGCAGAUGCCAGGAAAUUCUACCUGUCCCAAAGCAUAGUGCCAACUGUAAAGUUUGGUGAAGGAGGAAUAAUGGUCUGGGGCUGUUUUUCAUGGUUUGGGCUAGGCCUCUUAGUUCCAGUGAAGGGGAAACCUUAACGCUACAGCAUACAAUGAGAUUCAAGACAAUUCUGUGCUUCCAACUUUGUGGCAACAGUUUGGGGAAGGUCAUUUCCUGUUUCACCAAGACAAUGGCCCCGUGCACAAAGCAAGGUCCAUACAGAAAGUGUUUGUUGAGAUCGUUGUGGAAGAACUUGACUGGCCUUCAUCCUUUUGGGAUGAAUUGGAAAGCCGACUGUGAGCCAGGCCUAAUCGCCCAACAUCAGUGCCCGACAUCACUAAUGCUCUUGUGGCUGAACGGAAGCAAGUCCUCACAGCAAUGUUCCAUCAUCUAGUGGAAAGCCUUCCCAGAAGAGUUGAGGCUGAUAAAGCAGCGACGAGGGGGGGCACCUCCAUGAUUUUGGAAUGAGAUGUUCCACAUACUUUUGGUCAUGUAGUGUAUUUCCCCCUAGAAAAAAUGGAUUAACAAGACUGUCUCUCAUGUACUUACUUUAAAAUCCAUGUGGCUUAUACUGGAGGUCCUCUGCAUUCACUUGCUGUAUGUCCAGCCUAUAAAGUAACAGCAGCCCAUACUGUUAUGGGAUGAACAUUCCAUAUAUCUAGAGCAAAGCUUUGAACUGCCUUUGGUACCUUGGCUAUCGCCUUGCUUUCGUACAAAAGUACAAGUAAGAAAUGCCAUUAAUGUAUAUAACAGAUGUAAUUGCUGAGUAUUUUUUAAAACAGAUUGAAUUGACUUAUUUAUUACAAUUACAUUCUUCUUGAACAAAAACCCUUAAUGCACAUACAUGUAUGACAGACACUGCUACUUGGUCACUAGAAAUGGACUAACUACAGCUCAAGUCAAUCACAAGUAGAGCACCGACUGACUGAGUUCAAGUCCAAUGCAGAGACCUGCCAACAGCAGGAAUACGGUUCCAACUUCAGCACAGAGGAUGCCUCCACAAUAAGGACACUUUGAAGUCCCAUCAAAAUGUGUCCGGUGGUGGAAUAAGUUAUCUACUGUGGUUUUUGCAAGACACCAAACAUGUGUAACUGUCUUGCUUCCGUCCCUUUCCACGCCCCUACCUGGGCUCGAACCAGGGACCCUCUGCACACAUCGCCAACAGUCACCCUCGAAGCAUCAUUACCCAUCGCUCCACAAAAGCCGCGGCCCUUGCAGAGGAAGGCGAACAACCACUUCAAGGUCUCAGAGCGAGUGACGUCACCGAUUGAAACGCUAUUAGCGCGCACCACCGCUAACUAGCUAGCCAUUUCACAUCGGUUACACAUGCACUUAUUACUAUUAUUCCAGAUGCAUAUAUACUGCCAAUGAGGAAAAUAUGACCCCUAAUGCUUAUACUGCCCCCAUCUCUCUCGUUUCCCUUGCUGCCAAUCAAUGACCACUGACAGCAUCAGGGGUCAAGCUUCUAACAAGAUAGGGAACGCCUUCCAAAUGAGACCAUUUAAUAAAGGAAAGCCGAGGACAAAUGGACCAAGGAAAGUACAAAGGUGGGUAUGCGUACAAAGAGAACAAAUCUAUAUUUUGAUAAACUAUCCAUGGCUUCAGAUGGAGAAGGAACAUCCUUUUUUUUUCCCAAAAAAAAUGCUAUUUGGAAAAAUCAGUUGCAAAUGUUAAUAUUAUAAAGAUCAAUAUCGGAACUGUUUUUGCAAGAAGUAAAGAGGGAAAAGUAAAGGAAUAAUGUACGAAAUGUACUUUUUUGGAAAGGUGAUGUGGUGGGUGGACAUUAGCAUCUGUGUUCCAACAAGAAAGAGGGACUCAUGAGUGAGAAAAGAUGUGGGGAUGGCCAGAGUGGGUGGACACUGCGAUUUAAACAAAUGAAGGGAAAAAAAUGAAAAUGCAUUUUUUUAACUUUGUUUACCAGCAUGAUUACUCUGCAUGACUUUCUUUCCUGCAAGCCUUUAGUCAAAGACAAGGGUGCUAGAGUUACAAAAAAAAUAUAUUUAAAAUAAAUUCGAAAAAAAUGUGAUAUGCAAUUCAUAUAAAAAAAAUAUAUAUAAUGAAAGAGCUCUAUUUUGUUUUGAAAGAAUAAAAAAUGUGAAUAUUAAAACAUGUAUGUUUGCAAAAUACACACGGAACUGUUUUGUUAGAUUUAAAUCUCUGCUACUACUGCCCCACAUUCCGCACUCCUUCAUUCCACUUUAUUGAUCUCUGCACUACUGUCUGCUUUAAUUAAGCUGUACUUAAGCAUUUGUUGGUUAUUGUUUAUUUUUUAUCAUUCUAUCGAAAUGGAGCAUUUCAGGGUUCAUUUGAAUCGUCAUAUUUGUCAACUGAUCGUACCCCUCUUCAUUGAUUCAAAAACCACGUUUCCCUGCCUUGAAUCAUUUUUACCACAACUGUAGCAGCAAUUUUGAAAUGAUAGCUUUCCAUACUAUAUGUUUGAAGGGUGUAUACAUUGCAACUAUGCAACGAUUUUGGUUUUGUUUGACAAUAAUACACAAUUUGUCAUGACUGUAGCAGGGCAAAUUGAUUCCAUCAAAUUGAUACUACCUUCUAUGCCUAUUUGUUUGGAGACGUUUGUAACAGGUUGUUAUUGGAAGUGGCUGGGUUGGUAUGUUCUGAGGAAGGCAGUCUUCUUCCAUUACUCAGGGGGGAGAAGGUGAAACAGGAGUUAGGCCGGAAUUCAAUCCGAUCAGCUGUAGAUCAACGUUAUAGCCCGCUUGAUUUAAAAGUAAAUUAUGAUUGAGCCGACAUAUGCAGAGUUUACCGUGAAUGCGGGAACAAUGACUAUAAAAGGUGUAUAGCUGACAAAGUGUGAUCGGAUUGAAUCCGAAUGGAUUGAACACAGAUAUAUGUCCUGUGGACUGGGAUUUACAUUUUUAAAGGUGAUUUAAACUGCUCGAGACGACAUCUGCGGCAUUUACAGUGAACGUGAUCUAUGCCUUUAAAAGUAAAUCGCUGUGUGCAGGUCGUUCAUUUGUGUUGAUUUAAUCCAGGACCUUGGCUAGUUAACCAGUAAAGUGCUAUAUAUUUUCAUAAGAGAGUUAGGUUGGUCAAAAAGAGAUGUCGUUAGUCAAGAGUUUUCAGGUUUGCAUGGAACAAACUGCCAUUCCAAAAUCGUGUCUGUUAAAAAAGAGACUGAGGUGUAUUGGGGUGAAGGGGGAUGUGGAUGUAGGUGGUUUUGCUCUUUUUUGUACAUAAUGAAUUCUAGUAUAUAGAUACAAUAAUGUGAUACCUCACAGUGACGGGAAAUGCAUGCGUUAUGCCUUGAUUGCCGAUCUGAGGGAACGCGGUCUCGACAUGUCUUAAGCUCCUUUAUUUGUCGUGAAACCAGUCCUGAUUGUUGUGAACACUGUGCCGUGUUGUAGAGCGGCAGCAUCGAGAGGUAGCUUGUCCUUGUUGUUAGGUGGUCAGGUCAUCCAUUCGUUCAUCGUCCAUCGAGAACCACCCGGCUUAUAGUCGUCGCGGCGACAGCUCAUGGUAGCACACGUCAUGUUACAACACGCUUCAUGAAAAGACCCAGAGCUUCCAAAUUGAUCUCAUUGAAUUACUUUCAAAUGGAGGGGUGAAAGAACCAGUUGCCACUACUGUGCAGGUUGGGUAGAUGUAGAAAUGUGUAUUUCACCCACAGUUCCCAGCUGUUGAACAGGUUGGAUGAAUGUUGGUUUUCCAGACAAUAUCUUUAAUAGCAGUGGCUUACUCUGAGGGUGUAGGCCCUGGCAGGUCCAGGAUCAGCCCAGGCAGCUGUAAAAAUGAUCUCUGGCCAGGCCUAGUCAUGUAUUCUAAUUGGACUAUAACCACUAGACUAGACUCAAUGGAAUGAACUACAGAGGCUACUCACUUAUUUAGUUGGGUCUAUGUUGGUUUGUAGAGGGUUUACAGCAUUGUCCACUUUCCGCAAAAAUGGGUCUAUUGUAUUUUUUACUUUUUCCUUAACUAUGAUUUCAGUCAUUUCUUUUAGAAGACAUUAAGCCACUAAUGCUUUGGGGGUUGUGAAAUGUUGAUAACCUCAGAAAUAUUUAACUUCCAGCGACCGUGAUUCAUUAACGCACUUGCAAAAGCUCUGUGCUUCACCCAAGAAUUCACCCAAGAUUUGAUGUUGUAAUAUAGCCUGGUAUUGUUAAUAUUUUCUCUGUUACUAACUGAGGAGUCUGCCAUUCCUUUUUAGGAUUAUCAUAUGUUGUCUUUGACAUGUGACUGCCCACGUCAGGCUAAAAACAAGAUGUCUUUCCUUUUUUAUUGCACACUACUGCCAUUUGAUAUAGCCAUGUUGAACGGAAUGGGUUACAAUGUUAAGAGUGGUAAGUCUUAUUGUUUUAUGUUCCAUUUACAACAUACAUUUAUAACCAAGGGAUACACUAAAUAUGGACUAUAUAACACCUUCUUAACCAAUGCUCAACAACAGCUACUGUAGAUAACCUAUAGUGUCACCCACACCUGUAUUGAGUUAAGUGACUGGGAUAGCUUAAUGAUAGAGACCAGAGGCAACUAUGUGGUUUGACUACUUUAUGGGUAUAGGGUACCAUAGCAUAAGUCAUAAUACCCAUAAAACCUAGUGGUCAAACAAGGAAAUGGUUCCAAUAGUUUUUCCACCAUUCAUUUUUUGCCGUAGGAGAUUUUAGUAACACUUUUAAAAAGGGCUGUUUCUUGUAGGCUUACCCUGGUAGGACAUUUUGAUAAACAUGUAAAUCUCUCUAGGACAACGUGACUUUGAUCAAUAUAUUCGCCUCUAUUUUCCCCCCAAAAAUGAAAUGCUAAUUAGCUGCUAAUGUGGCUAUCAUAAUGAACUACAAAUACCAUGAUGAUCUGGACCAGACUGCCGAAUCGAGGCAAAGGUAAGAAUUUCUGGAUUAACUAUAAUGUUAAAUGUAAUGAAUAAAUUGGCAACAUUUUCUUUAAAUUGAACAUUUUGUGAACUGUCUUGUGCAAGUUUUAAAUUGUCACAAUACCUGUUAGCGAAGGUGUCAGCUAAAGAUGACGUGCAGGAAUUUGUAGUUUUGGAAGAGGGCUACAUUGAUGCUAAUUAGCAUUUUCCUUAUCUGAGAGUAAAUAGAGUCGAAUAUAUUAAGUUACUUUGUCCAAGAGAGAUUUACAUAGUUAUCAAAACGUCACGCCAGGGUUAGGCUAGACGAAACACAGCCCUUAUUUUAAGUGUUUCCAAAACCCCCUAUGGGGAAAAAUGAAUGGUGGAAAAACGAUUGGAACCAUUUCCCUGUUUGGGCUCUAGGUUUUAUGGGUAUUAUUAGACCUCCACUGUGGGGAUCUAUACUAUGGGUAAGGAGAAAGGUUAGCUUUUUAAAAAUGAUAAACUUGGAUUAGCUAACACAACGUGCCAUUGGAACACAGGAGUGAUGGUUGCUGAUAAUGGGCCUCUGUACACCUAUGUAGAUAUUCCAUAAAAAAUCUGCCGUUUCCAGCUACAAUAGUAAUUUACAACAUUAACAAUGUCUACACUGUAUUUCUGAUCAAUAUGAUGUUAUUUAAAUGGACAAAAAUGUGCUUUUCUUUCAAAAACAAGGACAUUUCUAAAUGACCCCACACUUUUGAACGGUAGUGUAUGUAAACCUAGUCGUCAGCAUAUACAUACUCAUCUCACUUUUUCACAACAAUUUGUAAAACAAAAUUAUUGUUUGCUACCAUAGUAGGAGAAUCAAAAGGAGACAAAGAGGUAGUCUCAACAAUUUUUAAUGUUGGAAACUCAAAGAAUAAUUAUUUAAUAAACUGUAUAAAGUAUAUUUAUUUCAAUGGAAUGGUGAUCCAUCUUUGUAUAUUUUGAAGAAAAAAAUAAACAUAUCAAAAGUGUCAUAAUUUUGACUAUUGAGACUUAAAAUGUAUGAAUGUCAAUGCGCUCUAAUGUGAUUAGAAAUCUCGAAAACUGCUUGAAAGAAUACAUUAUUAAAGUCAUGAAAUCAUGACUUUAAUAAUGUAAAUCAUUUGAAAUCAUUUGAAAUGAACUUCAAAUAAAUGAAAAAUAUUUCAAAUCAAUAAAGUACAAAACCUUGA